AAAUACUGAGCUGUCAAACAGCUAUGAUGUUUACUUUGCGUCAAACUCAACAAUGAAACAAAUCUAAUUUACGAACAAUUUUUAUCUUCUUUUUUAUUUAAAUUUUCAAACGGAAUCAACUUAAUGUCGAAAAUAUGAUAGAAAUUACAGCCAAAUUGGUCCAUGAGAAGAAGAAUUUUUUUUUGUGUGGUGAAUUUGUGGAAUGUUUUAUAUCGUUUUCACAUCCAUCGUUGCCUGAAUAUAAAAUUGCUCAGAGCAAUAAACUAGAGAAUUUAGCGUGGGCCACUGCACAAGUGCACUGCUAUUGUUCGUCGGCGAAUGAUGAAAAAUCGAACGAAACCAUGACGAAUAAGAAUGUGGUGAAAGCAGCCAUCGUAACAGCCGAUACUGCGUUAAACACACAACAGGGCCAAGGGAAUGUGGUGCUUGAAACGAAGCCGAAGAUUUUAUUCUGUGAUUUACGGCUAUCGCCCGGCGAAACGAGAUCAUAUUUGUUCAAAGAAAUCCUGCCAAUGUCUGGUCCGCCCACAUAUCGAGGCACGAGCAUUCGAUAUUUCUAUAAAAUCACGAUUGCAACGCAGAAAGUUGGCGCCAAAGUGCAUGCAUUACACAUGCCAAUUCGAGUAUUGUCACUUCCGACCAUGAUCAAAGUUGAGGAAAUUUCGGCCCUGUGCAAUGACACUUCGGACGAAUUAUCACCGACAAAUCCAUUUCUGGAAAAGCGUCAAAAUCUCGAAACCAAAUUGGAACUGGCAUUACAUCAUUUACAGAAUAUCACAGCCAGACGAAGGCCAAGUUUUUAUAUGAUUUCGAAUAAACGUGGGCGAGUCGGUCGUUUCUGUUUGUUUAAGCAAAAUUUUAAGCUGGGCGAAGAUAUUGUCGGUACUUUGGAUUUCUCUUGCCGUACUGUACGAUGCGUUCAAGUAUCGGUCACAUUGCAAUGCGAGGAAAUUCUUCUUCGACCGGAUGCUGCCAGCACGUCGACUCAACAGCCAACCGAACCAAGUGCGAAUGGAACGGAUAACUCAGUUUUAGCGGGCAAAAUUAUGAACUUCACCAAACAUCACGAAGUGUGUUUGGGUCUUUUGCAAACUCAAGUCAUUCUGCCGGUUCCAUUGCACGUCACACCAACAUUUUCAACCAGUGCCGUCGAUGUACGAUGGCGUUUACAUUUUGAAUUCGUAACAACACAAAGUGACCUCGGCGUCGAAAGUUAUUCGGCAAAUGAUGAAAACAACUGGCAAGCACCACUCGAUAUUGAAAUCGAGACAAUGAUCUGGAAUUUGCCAGUAACACUCUAUCCGACGGCACCGAUGCAAUCGUUACAGCAACCAGCCAAAUAUACAGCAACAAUUAAGUGAAUCAUAAGGCAAAAAUUUCAAUUCAAAAAAAAAAAAACAUAAACAUAAAAAUUUUCAGACGAUAUACCGAUUAUUCCAAACAAAUGCGAGUGGCAGAAAAUAGCUGAACAAAGCAAUAAAAUCAUAACAACGAUAACCAUACCGAAUUGGUAAGCGUGUUUUUUUCCGUCUUUUCUUUUCUCCAUUUAGCUACGCGAGAUUGACAUUCACAGCAUAACGGCAUAUUCUUUUUGCAUCUUUCUAUUCUGAGUUUCAUAAAAAUGUGCGUGUCGAGUCGCAAGCACUUUUACUCUCGCUUUUAGUUGAUCGGAGAACGUGGUGUGUUGUGUACAACAGUCUCAGUACAUUUUAGUAUAGUGGUUUUUGUCAGUUAAAUUUGUAUUAGUUUUCAAGUCAUGUCAAAUAAACGAUCAGCUCGAACGAAAAAUAUUGAUGCAAUAAUAAAAUCACCGCGAAAAAGAGCCAACAAUCAAAUUGAUUCGGAUUUUGAAUCACAUCAUUCAAAACGACGACGUUUGGAUAAAAAUGCAAACGAACGGAUACUAUGCUUACCCAUCGAUAAGCGUCAUUUUUAUCACAUCCAAAGUCUUAACGCAUUUUUGAUUGAAAACAACAAUGUGGCCGAUGACAGUGGCGACGAUGAUGAAUACAAAUCAUUAUAUCGGCAAAUUCAUCAAGUGGAAAUAAACCGACGGCGAUUUUUGAGCAAAGGUGAAAAAGAAAUGAUCAAUUUAUGGAAUACGUUCAUUGAGAGCGAACCGUGCUUUGGGCUCAAACACAUGCGGGUCAUUUGUCAUCGUUUCGUUGAUGCACACAUUCGUGAUAUUGUGCAAAAAAAGUUGUAUGCCCAUUGGUUGCGGCAUUUGUGUCUUUUGAACGAAGCUGGUUUGCUGCUACCAACCGAAUAUUUGAGUGUGGUGCAGCACAUACAAAGCUGUAUGGGCUUGGGAAUCGAAGCAUUCAAUGGCAUCGUGGAAGCGCAGAAACGGAAGAAGACGGAACAAACGAAGAAGAAGAAGCGAUCAAGAUCAUCGACGAAUAGCGACGCAUCGGAUGCAGAGCCAAAGCAAAAACGCUACCUUACUCGUUCUAUCAAAUCAACCGCACUCGGCUGACAGUUCUCAGUCGCACCAUUUGCAGCAGUAGCAGCAGCAGCAGCAACAACAACAACAACGAUGCAUUCAAUCAAUUAUAUAUUUAGAAGUUUUGUAUUAUCAAUUGUUAUAUUCAGAGAAAGCAUGUUUUUUUAUGACGAUAAACCGUCACAGUUCUUCAAGUGCCUUAUUUUCGUUGUUAAAGCUCAACCUGUCUAAUAGAGUUAUCGAAUUUAUAAAUAAAACCAAAUCUCAAUCAUUUUUUUCUUCAAA